AUGCUUCUCGAAGAAGACCCCUCCACCCUAAUAUCCCACACAACCCAAAACUUCAACAUCGAGCCAGACCGAAACGCCGUCUCCCGCGUCGCCGAGUCUUUAUCCACUUUACAGCAAGCGCGCGACCUGCGCCUUCGCGAAUCCGAAACCAACCUCAAGAAACUCGCGCGCACUUUAAACACGCUCCAAUCGCAGCACCAAGAAGUCACCUCCUCGCACUCCUCCGCCGAACACGCCUCCCUCAUAUCUCGCCUCGACACGCAAAAGUUUCGUGUAGCAAAGAAUGUUUCGGAUCUAGAGAUGGAGACGGAACGGCUGCAGACGCAGUUGGCGGAGAUGCAAGCGAGAUUGCAGGAGUUGGAGUUGCAGGGUGUUGAUGGCGGGGACGGCACCAUUGCGCAGACAACAGGGGAGGGGAAUGGAAAUGGAAAUGGGAACGGGUAUGGAGGGUGGAAUGGUGGUGGUGGGAUGAGGAGCGUGGAGGAUGAGGUGCUGUUGAGGUUAAAGGUGUAUAGGAGUUUGGGAAUCGAGAUUGAGCGGGAGGAGCAGGAUGGGGAGUUCACGAGGGCUGUGGUGAGGAAUGAUCGACGCGGGGACACGCUUUAG